AUGGAAAGUCUCACGCCUCAACUCGGUGCCUUGCUCGCCGGCGUGGCUACUCAUGUCUUCUAUUUCAAUCGCUAUGAAUUCCAUCGCAACGUUUACGCCAUUCUGGGCCUGUUCUGCGCGGCGAUUAUCGUUUGUCAAGUGGUUUGGGCGAGAGCGGUUUAUCCUACCUUCUGGCUCGCAGGCAUCGCAACGACACAGAUUACACUAUGCUACGUGAUAGGCGCUGCGAGUAGCACGCUAUGUUACCGACUCUUCUUCAACCCACUCAACCGCUUUCCCGGGCCAUACUCGGCUCGCCUUACGGAUUUCUGGAUCGCCUCGCAGUCUCGCAAAGGUCACAAUCAAUAUCGGAUUCUGGAGUCGUUGCAUGCGAAAUACGGCCCGUAUGUACGGACUGGCGCGAAUUCACUGUCGAUCAUUGAUCCCGACCUCGUGGAGCCGGCAUACCACGGGUCUGAAAAGGCUGGAGUGACCAAAGGCAGCUGGUACGACUUUGACUGGCCGACUGGAUCGCUGUGGAACGAGCGGACCAUUCAGGGACAUCAUCGACGUCGAAGGCUCUGGUCGCCAGCAUUCUCCGACAAGGCUCUGCGCCAAUAUGAGAAGAAGGUCACGCAGUUCAACGACAAAUUUCUCGCCCGCGUUGCUCAGGUUGACUCAAGACCGACUCCCAUUAAUGUGUCCGAGCUUUUCAGCCUUUACUCAUUCGACAUCAUGGGAUCUUUGGUCUUCGGCGUUGACUAUAAGAUGUUGGAGACUAAUAAGAAACAUCACGCCUUGGAGCUGCUCACGGAAGGCCUGGCGGGACUUGGACUCACGUUUCCGAUGUGGCUUGUGAUCUUACUCAGACCGAUUCCCUUCGAUUUCGGAGGCACCGGCGGAUUCCACUCCUUCUGCGACGCACAAGUCGAGCGCGCCGUCAAGAUGAGAAAGUUCAGCACCGUGGCAAUACAGAAGUUGGGCAUCGAACCGCUCCGAAGACUCAGCACCAUGCUACUCCCUCGAGAACUGUCAGGCCUCACGAAACCCGACGCCUUCCGUAGCGUGCAGCCCGAUCGAACACGCGCUUUGCAAAGGAAACAAUUCGACAACUUCUGCGAUGCACAAGUGCAGCAGGCAGUGCACAGAAGACAAAGCGUGGCACAGCAAAAGGCGGACCCCUCGACCGAAGACCACCGCAGUAUCCUCUACUGGGUUCUCAAGUCCCUUGGCGACCAAGAACAUCUUGAGAAAGAUGAGUUCCUUCGACACGACGCAAGGUUGCUGAUCGUGGGCGGAAGCGACACCACCGCCGCAGCAUUGACGUACCUGUUCUACAAUCUCGCGCAGCGGCCGGCCGAUGUCGAGAAGAUCAGGGCGGAGACGCAAGCGUGCAUAGCGGGAGUGGAAGAGUGGCAUGACAAAGACAUUUCCCACUGUCAGCAUCUAAACGGCGCAAUCAAUGAGGCUCUACGACUGCACCCCCCUGGUCCUUCAGGGGUGUAUCGCAUGGUUGGUGCUCAAGGGCUAUGUGUUGGAGAAGGAACCUUCAUUCCUGGAGGGACCAACUUCAACAUGCCCUUGUAUUCGUUGAAUCGAAAUCCGGACAUUUACGCCGAGGCCGACUCCUUCAUCCCUGAACGUUGGUACAGCCGCCCCGACCUCGUGAAACACAAGAAAGCCUUCGUACCUUUCUUGUCCGGGCCGUAUAGCUGCAUCGGCAAGAACAUCGCCUUGACGGAACUGCGGACGCUGACGACAAGGUUGUUGUCGGAAUACAACGUCAGCCUGGCACCUGGCGAAGACGGAUCAAGACUUCUGCACGAAUCCAGAGACCAUUUCACCAUCAGUCUUGCACCGCUGGAUCUCGUCUUCACCCCAAUCAAGGCGCGAGAAGGGUCUUUUGCACAGUCGACUGGAGAUUCGUCGCCGAUAUUUGCGAGAGGAUGGCGGCCUGACUGGAAUGUUUGGCAGGCGCCGCGCCAUGCGUCUCUUAGAAGUCUGGAUUCGCUUCCUGAAGAAGCUCCAUGA